AUGAAGACCUGGCUCCCGAAGCGCAGCGCUUACCUGGACGAGUUGAUCCGUCGAGAGGGUAGAGGCGACUACACGGGCGAUACAUGCCAGUCUUGCGACCGAGCACUUGGGCCGGUCAAUAAGGGUACGAUCCGCUGUAGCUCCUGCGCUCCAGGUCCCCUUCGCUGUGCGGGUUGCACCGUGAGGUAUCAUGCAGACACUCCAUAUCAUCGGGUCAAGGAAUGGACGGGUGUCUCGUUUGAGAACACAACAUUGAAGGACCUCGGGCUCGUUGUCCAACUUGGGCAUCGUGUCGACGGGAGCGCGUGCUCAAAUCCUCAAUAUGUCCGCCACGACUUCUCGGUCAUCGACGUCAACGGCCGACACCAAGUGGCGCUCGCGUUCUGCGGUUGUGAUCGUGCAGGCAUCGCAGGCGACGAAGUCGAACAACUCCUCCGGUUUGACCUAUACCCCUCCACGGACUGUGAACCCAAUACGGUGUUCACGUUCGCCCUCCUGGAGCAUUAUCACAUCCUGAGCCUACAAGGGAAAAUCUCCAUGUACGACUACUACACGUCGCUUGAGCUCAUGACCGACAACACCGGCACUCUGAAGGCACGCGACCGGUACAAAUCCUUCAUGCGCGUCGUCGCGCAGUGGCGCCACUUGAAGAUGCUGAAAAGGGCAGGUCGCGGACACGAUCCUGAGGGUGUGGGGGCCACGAAGCCAGGUGCGCUGGCUGUGCGCUGCCCCGCCUGCCCCCAUCCCGACAUCAAUAUCCCUUCCAACUGGCAAGAUGCAUCGGAAGAUCUCAAGUUCUUGUAUGUGAUGACGGUUGCAGUCGACGCCUGCUUCCGCCUGAAGCGACGUGCCGUCUCGUCUACGGAAAAGGAUCCCAUAUUGGGUAGUGGGUGGGCAUACUUUGUAGAAGACACCGGAUAUCACGAAGUGUUGAAGGGCUACACAAACCAGGGCGAGAUCUCGUCAUGCACAGGAUUCGCUGCACUCGAUCACGCCGACAGCAAAUUCUCGCGUGGCUAUGCUGCGACUGGGGUGGGCGCCGUCAUCUGCGCGCGGCACGAGUUCUGGCUCGCCCUCGGAGUGGGCGACCUUCAAAAAGGGGAACGAUAUAUAAAUAUCGACUACAUCUUCGUUUGCGCAAUGCGGGAGUACCUAGUCGUCAACAAGCUCGUGAGCUACGACAUAGCGUGUCAGUGGUCAAAGCACUUGCUGGAGCGAAUAUCGAAGUUCCCCAGUCACGUACAGAUCCCUAUUCCGGAGGGCUCGAUCACCUACGCAAUCCCGAAACUGCACUACCGCAGUCACGUUCAAGAGGGCCAUUCGCCGUUUUCGCUCAAUUACCGGGUUGGCUCCGGGCGGAACGACGGCGAGGGCAUUGAGCGUCGGUGGUGGGAUAUCCAACCCAUUGCGAGCAGUACGAAGGUCAUGGGGCCUGGCCAGCGGCACAUCGUGCUCGAAGAUCACUGGGGAUUCUCCAACUGGAGGAAGUUCGUGCGCCUCCCUUGGGCACUCCGUCAGCGGCUGAAGGACGCCCUGAUCGCGUUCAAGAAGCACAACGAGCAUUUCGAAACGCUGACAAUCUCACUGCGAGAGGCUAAACAUGACCUCCCUCUCUGGACGUUCCAGAUCGAGGCGUGGGAGGUCGACCCAUGGAGCGUUGACGAUCCCUACGUAACAAUCUCAUCAGGCCUUACUGAAGCCGAGACCGUUCAAAAUCUCGCUCAGGAGGAGCAGACUGCGAGCGCUGCUAAGGGCUACGUCGCCCUACAUGAAGUGAGCCUGCUGGGGUUUGUCAAGAUGGGGCUAGAGCUUGAAGAAACCAAGGUCGCCCUGAAAGCCGACGCUCGCAGUGCAACCGCGAGCAAGAAGCUUGCAGUCCACGAGCACCGUAAUGCCCUCCGCCGCAAGUUGCAGAAGUUCCGCGAGCUUCAAGGCGUGUACAUGCCGCGAGCGAUGCCCUUACUCGCGAACGACAGUGCCUGCCACACCGAGGUCGAGCUGGUUGAAGAAGUCCGCAUCGGGCUCCCCUCCGAGAUCACACCGGUGCACCGUGACAGCGUGUGUCCGCCGCGAUGCUGCGAGAUAGAGAGCCGUCUGCGCGAAGCUCAGUGUCGCGACGCGCUCGAUGAUCUGCGAAACAAGCUACAUGUCAUCAACCAUCUGUACCGGUACAAGAAGGUCAACGUCCGUCACCAGGGAGCCAACACACGCGUCCGAACCGACCUGUCUUCGCAGGACGAGAAAAAGCUCCGCGCCGUAGAGAGGUAUCGACGUGCACGCCGCGCGAAACUCGUACUCUCAGGGAAAGGCGACUGGGAGAAUGAGUUCCAGGUUCUCGAGGAUCGCGACGUUCGCGGCCUUCAAGACGAUGACCCCGACGAAGUUGCAAAGCGCAAGCGGAAACGCAACGAGGACCCUGCACCCGCAGAGGGCCACCGCACUCUCUCUUGGAUCUGGCGCUCAGCAAAUGCCAACAGCCCUGACUCCUUGAUAGACUCCCUCCGCGUCGAGUGGCUGAAGGCUCGCGCACGGAAGAUGCGAUGGGAAGAGGAGGCCAAACUGCUCCCAGAAGAGAUGCGGCGCGUCCUAGCGACACUUCGCUAUGAGGAGCAAGAGUGGCUUGGGCGACGCACAUCCCGCCCGGUAGCGGACCUACGACUCCAAGAGGGCCUCUGUGCGUACGCCACACGCCAGGCACAGAUGCGUCGCGCUAUGCGCGCGACAUUCGUGGCCGUAUGCCGGCAGACGGCCGAGAACGCUCAAGCAGGUAACGGCGAGGAGUGGGAAGUGCUCCCAUCGGAGAAGGACCUAGGCGCCGAGGAUAUGGACGUGGACUACGCUACCAUGUACGAGCUGGAUGGGGAGGACUUCGAUCGGGACACCAACGCUUGA